AUGUCUUCUACUAAUCUAGCAAAUGGAAAUGAGAAAAAUACAUUAAUUAUUCCACGUCUUGAAGAUUAUGACAUUAGUCCAAUAACUGGUUUUCUCCCAUCUAUUCCUCCCUUACAUCGUUUACCGGAUACUUAUUAUGAACGUUGGGAAAACUUGAUUGAUAGUUUUCAUAACUUAUUGUCAACUGGUUGUCUAAGAGAACAUGUUAAAUUGCUACCGAUUUUAAAAACAGAUAAACUUAAAACUUCUGCUGAAUAUCAACGUGCUUUUUUGGUUUUAUCAACACUAGCACAUGGAUAUGUUAGAGGCAACUAUGAAUCUCCAAUUGAUAGCAUACCAGCUUGUAUUGCUAUACCAUGGGUUGAAGUAUCCGACUAUCUUGGUGUUUCACCAGUAGUAAAUCAUGCGGCUGUAGUUUUAUGGAAUUGGCCCAUUGAAAGUUUUGGUGGAAAAGCAUCGGCAGCUAUUAUUUCUGCAAUACAAGCUGCUCAUGAUAAAAAUCACAAGCAAUUGAUCAUAGCUUUGAAAAUUAUUAGUUCAACCAUUGAUGAAUUCACAAAAAUUCUUCACAGGAUAUAUGAAAAAUGUGAUCCUUACAUCUUUUAUUGGAAGAUACGACCUUAUGUAUCUGGUUGGGAGAAUGAUGAAUCUUUACCAAAUGGAUUGAAAUAUGAAGGUGUGGAUGGAUGUGAUGAAAAUGGGAAUCCUAUUUAUCGUCAAUAUGUUGGUGGAAGUGCUGGUCAAAGCUCAUUGAUCCAAUCGUUGGAUAUCGUACUUAACAUUGAACAUUAUCCAACCGGUAUUAAGCCAAUUACAACCAAUAACUACAAUACUCACCAUUCUCAUAAUUCAUCUAAUGGGAACCUCAAUAACAAUAAUAAUGCGAGUAAAAACAAGCGGGAUCUACAUCAACAACAACCUUAUGUUUACAAGAUUCGUCAAAAUAUUCCUGGAAAUCAUCGAAGGUUUCUUGAAGAUUUGACAAAGGUUGCAAUCGUACGUGAUUAUAUUAUGUUAUGCAUUGGAUGCAAUGAUUCAGAAAUAAAUAAUAAACUGGAAAGUAAUAGAAUUUUUGAAAACAAUGAGUUGGUUGAAGCUUAUAAUGACUGUUUAGAUAAAAUGAAAACCUUCAGAUCAAAACAUUUACAAAUCGUUAGUGUUUACAUUUUAGCUCAAGCAUAUAUCAUCGAUGACUCUGUUACUAAUGGUGCUUCAACCAUUAAAGGCAAUACUAUCAAUAGCUCUGCCACUAACAUUUCUGCCGCUAAUUCUGCUAAUGAUACUAUUGCUAAAAUUGCUACUAAUGAUACCACAACCACUAACACCACUAAUUGGUGCGUUAGUAAUGAUCCAGUUGCAAAUGCCACUACUACCGCUAAUAUUAAAACUAAUGAUGUUAACAAAAAAAUUGUAAAUAAUAAAGUAACAACCACAUUAGCCGAAACUUCUAAUGAUUUAAAUAUAGUCAGAGAAUUUAAUUCAUUUUGUAUUAGAUCAAAUUCGGUUGUGCUUUAUUUGAUUAAAGGAAUAUACUUAAUACUUGUACAUGCUGCAACAAUUGAACAAAUAAUUGGCUAA